UCGAAGGGGGUUUAUCAGUGGCAUUCGAGAGUCUAUUUUCGACGAAUUAGUUACAGACAGUUCGAAAAAGUGCAAAAGGAAAUAUGUCCGUGUGCGAGUACAAUAAUUUCGUUGACUACAAAGCUGAAGAUGACUUCGAUAUCAAGUUUUAUAAGCAAUUGGGCGCUGCUCUGCCCGUUAUUAAUUGUUUGGACGAUUUGAUCCGGGAACUGAGGGUGAUUUUCGAAAGUGAUUCGGUCAAUAUUGAUUUGGUUCGAUAUGUGAUGACGGCCUACAAGUCCAACCCGGCGGAUUGGAAGAAAUUCGCAAAGUUCGACAGAUACAGAUACACGAGGAAUUUGGUCGACGUCGGCAACGGAAAGUACAACCUGAUGAUUCUUUGUUGGGGUGAAGGCCACGGUUCGGCGAUCCACGACCAUGCAAACGCCCACUGUUUUAUGAAAAUGUUACAAGGGUCUCUGGAAGAAAUAAGGUUUGCUUGGCCGCAGAAAAUUCUCGAGCCUUUGGAGGAAGUCGGCAGGAAACCGCUUUUCGUCAACGACGUUUGUUACAUCAAUGAUUCCAUUGGACUCCAUCGAGUUGAAAAUUCGUCUAACGUCGACACCGCUAUAAGUCUGCAUUUAUAUUGUCCACCGUACAAAAAUUGUUCAGUAUUUAAUCAAAAUACGGGCCAAAAGUCUACUAGUACGGUUACAUUCUAUUCCAUGUUUGGAAAACGUAUCAAAGAAAAUAAGGAUGUGGAAGAGCCAGAAGAUAAUUGAAAGCAGUUCCUUUAAGUUCUAUUAGAGAUUAUUUCUAUAGUGUCACCGUUCAAACGAUCAUAAAUAUAUUUAACUGUAAAUAACAGUUUAUGUUUAUAAAAUGUUAUUAUUUAAUAAAAUAAACCCAUCAACUGAUUUUA